AUGGAGGAAGUGGCUGUGGUGAGUUGGGCUAUUUGGCGCGCGCGGAAUGAAUUUGUUUGGCAAAAGAAGAGUUGGUCUGCAUCAAAUAUCGUUGCAUCAGCUAGAAUCGUGCUUGAUCAUUAUAAAUUUGCUCAAGGAAGGAAGGGUCUUUCGUUGGCUCCGUUGGAUGAUGGGGGGCGAAAUCUUGAGCGUUGGAUUGCACCUGAGUUAAACAAGAUCAAAGUUAAUGUUGAUGGGGCUUUAUUUGAACAAGAGGGGCGCUUUGGCAUAGGUUGUGUAGCUCGAAAUCAUCAUGGUGCUAUGGUUGAAGCUUUCAAGAAGGAGAAGUUUGGUUGUGUUCAACCUAAAAUUGCUGAGAUAAUAGGCAUUAAAGAAGCUUUGAGUUGGAUUGUAACUCAUUCAUGUGAUAGAGUUAUGUUGGAAACAGAUAGCUUGGUGUGUGUCCAAGCGAUUCAAAGUGGUAUUUUUAUGCCUUCACAGUUUGGUCUUAUUGUUCAAGAUGUCGUGUGCUUCAGCUGGAGGACUGUUCCUCUGAAGUGCGUUCUAUUGUUUUGA